AUGGCAGAUAAUAAUUUUGUGAUUUUAGAAAAGAUUGAGAGAUUGAUAGAAACAUCGGAAUAUAGUAGGGCAUUGGAGUUGAUUGAAGAAUUGCCAAAAGAUCGGUGGUAUUGGAUGGAUGUAUACCCGUAUAGAGGAUACAUACUGUAUCAUCAGGACAAGUAUGAGGAUUCAGUUACAUUUUUGAAUGACCUUAUAAAGCGAUAUCCUGAAAGUAAGAUAGCAAAGAGGUUUCUUUAUAAAGGACUCAUGAAGAUUAAUAGAUUCAGGCAGUCUUUUGAUGUUGCAAAACAAUGUUGGAAAGAGGGUGACUGUAGGAGAUCUACGCUUAUUUGGAUAUUGGCAUAUUCUUUUGUGUUCCAAGAAUAUGAUAUGUUGGAUGUUGUCUCUAUACAUACAGAGUCGCAGUUAAUUAUUUCGCUUGGAUAUAUGUGUGCAGGUCGAUUUGAGCGUGCAGUUGAAUUAAUGAAUGAGAUUUCAGGGCAUGAGGAAGCAAAAUAUUAUCUUGAUGCAUUUCUUUCUAUUUGCACCAGGUCUUUAUGGAUGCUGGAUUAUGCAUGGUGCAUUGACGAGAGUGUGAUGAUCAGACAGAUAAAUAUGCAUGAAAACAAAGGAUCAAUGUUUAGUAAGGUAGUAAGGCAGGGAUGUGAAUAUGUAGAUGAAAAGGUUUUAUAUGUAGCGAAGCACUCGCUGAGUAAAGAAGAGUAUGCAUUAUUUGAAGCAAGAUUCAGGAUAUCUGAUAUAACAUGCAUGCACACCUGCAACAGGAGAUGUUUGAUACGAAAGCUACGGAUGAGGCAUGAAGAAAUAAUGUAUUAUAGAAAUAGAAAACCUGAUUUAGUAGAUGAGCAUACUGCACUGCACAAUGCCUCUGAGCAUACGAGAAGUGUUAAACAUCAAGAAAGAUAUUCUGAAUUGAAUCAUGCUCUUGAUUCAUUAAGUGAUAAUUGCUACAAAGGUGUCAUGGAGAUCAAGAGCAUUUACACAAGGAAUGACUGUACAGACAUUGGUGAGUAUUUGAAAGAAAAGCAAAACAUUUUUGUGUUAAAUAAGAUACGUAACGCGUAUUCACUGAAUGGCAAUGCUAUGGAAUCAUCUAGAUAUGCAUUUCUAGAAAGAUGUGUUUAUUUGAGUUAUUUCAAAGAUACUUUUGAGCAUUUGCUGAAGCAGAUUGAUGGUGGAAUGGUUAGUGUAAUUAUAGAGGUGCUCAACAGUAGAAUGUUUCGAUAUCUAUCUGAUUGUUGUAGUAUGGAUGAGAAUUAUGGUAUAUAA